AUGUUAUCAGAUCCUUUAGCUGUUCGACCAUGGCUUUUUAAAAACCACCCGAAGCAACUGGCAUUAUUGGACAAGUUUGAAGUUGAGCUCAAGCUUGGUAGGCUAUCGGGAGUUUCCAGCGAGCCUGGAGCAAAAGGCGAAAGUCUUAAAAGCAUUGACCGAAGAACAGUUGCAUUCCGAACGGUGGAAAUACUGAAAACUAUGAUCGGUUCCACCCGUUGGCAAACACCUGCACACCUCGUGGCCCUUCUGCGGGGUCUUGGAAGGGAAUUGCAUUCUGCAGGUGGUUUCCGAGAGCCUGCGAUUGGGAAUGUUGUCCGUCGCAUAAUUGCGGCAGUUCGAGAGGAGGCAGUGAUGGAAGCCAUCACUGAAUUCACAUCCGAUUUAGAAGAUCUCCACAAGAACAUCAAUGACCAGGCAACCGACCAUAUACAUGCGGGGGAGAUCGUAUUGACGUAUGGGCGAAGCAAAACCGUCGAAUCUUUUUUAAAAGCCGCAGCGGACAAACGGCUGAAAUUUACUGUGGUGGUAUGUGAGAGUGCUCCGAAAUAUGAAGGAAGUGAGAUGGCGAAGUCUUUGGCAGAUUGCGGAAUUGAUACAUGUGUAAUUCCUGAUUCGGCCAUUUUCUGUAUAAUGGCAAGGGUGAACAAAGUUUUGCUUCCUGCCCAUGCAGUCUUGGCAAAUGGAGGGCUCAUCGCGCCGAGCGGGAGUAAUAUGGUUGUAUUGAGCGCUUCACAGAACUCUGUCCCAGUCAUCUGUUUGACAGGAAUGUUCAAGCUCACCCCUAUUUUUCCUCACGAAGGACAGGAUACACUGAACGAUAUGUUGUGUCCAAGCUCAGUCGUUUCGAUGCACGAUAAGAAGUUGACACUCAACAACGUUGACUUGGUCAACCCAAUCUAUGACUAUGUCCGUCCAGAGUUGAUAAACUUGUACGUGACAAAUGUUGGCAGCUUUCAGCCAAGCUACAUAUACCGACUGCUUGCAGAAUAUUAUCACAAUGACGACUGGAGUUCAUUCGAAUAG